AUGGACUACACCUACUUUGGCACAUCAGCACCGCCUCAGCCCUAUCAGUAUAUGGGCAUGCCUCCAGGCCAUUUCCCAAAUGCUGGCGUUGAUUUAGAGACAGCUCGCAGCAUUGAACCUCUGGAGAGCAGCUUUCUUCCCACGUCUUACGAUGCUUUUGCCUAUCAGCAGGCUCCGCUCCCUCCUACCACAAACAGCUCCCCCGACCCCGCGGCAGCUCAAACACCAGCUCCUACCGGUAGCGUUGAUAGCGGCCUUGGAGGGGAGAUGGACGACAAUCGGACAAGCAGGACCCGAAGUAGUAGCGAAGAGAAGGAGAUAGGCCUUACGCCAGCUCAGAGCAGGAGAAAAGCGCAGAACAGAGCAGCGCAAAGGGCCUUUCGUGAGCGCAAGGAGCGCCAUGUGCGCGAUUUGGAGGCCAAACUGUCCGUUUUGGAGAACAGCGCCCACUCGUUGCAGUCCGACAAUGAGCGCUUGAAGCUGGCCUUGCAACGUGCUCGCACCGAGAAUGAGAUUCUGCGUGCCACAGGCGGUCAGCACUCGCCACCUUCUUCGCGACCCGUCUCGGCAAGUUACCCUUCCCCUGGUGCCCACCUCAUGGAUGAAGACGACUAUCAGGACAACAAGCCAUACAACAUUCAGGAUCUAUCCAACGGGAGCGUCAUCAACAGCGAAGAUAAUGUACACCCUACCGGGCCCCCCAGAUUCAAGGGAAAAGAGAUUCCAGCAUCACAGACCUGGGAUGUUAUCCAAUCGCAUCCUUUAGUCAGGCAAGGGCUCGUUGAUAUUGCCGAUGUUUGUGAACGACUCAAAGGAGCCUCGAAGUGUGACGGGCACGGUCCCGUUUACGAAGAAAGCACCAUCUGGCAAGCAGUAGAGGAUUCACGAAGAAGUGGAGGGGACGAGCUCAUUUGA